UUUGCUGCAGUACUCUACUUCUUUGAAGCCUAUCUGGAAUCUGGUCAACCACCUGCAGCUCUUGCAGUAGUUUCCGUCUAUGGUCCCCCUGAUCCUGCACUCCUGGAAUUUUCGUCAUUCACUGUGUGGUCAUGUGAGUAUCAUGGUGAGGGUGCACUUGUGGUCAUUCCAGUCAGAUGUAUCAAAGCCGUUGUCGCAAUGGUCCCACAUUCACUUCAAGGACACAACCAAUAUUUUGUUGUUGAGAAACCUGGUUUAGACGUGGCAGACAUGGGAGGUUACGUUCACAAUCCUGAAGAUGGUCUCGAGGACGAUGAUUCAAAUACAGACAGCAAUAAUGUACAUGUUCAGGACCAACAGGUAUAA